AUGCCUGCCAAAGGAUCAAGAAAAAGAACGGCGCCAGAGCCACCCACCGAGCCACCCGCCAAGCGAGACCAAGGCCGGCCUCAUAAAGAUUCUCUCCCUAUUGACGCUCUCGUUUCCGGCAGUCAUACAUCCGCCAGCCGAAGAACCGACAUUCAGAUGGAUAAGCGGUCACAAGUGCUCCAUGACAUCGUGGAGUGGAUAAGAGAUGAUUCCUCCCCCAUCGGUUUCGCUCAUGUACAGGGGCAAUAUGCCAGAAACAAAAUGUUCCGGGUGCCAUCCGAGCUCGCGAAGCUUAUGGAGGAAGAUGAGCUGGAAACCCAAGUGGUAGUGGUUGUCCCGAACUUCAAAUUCGAUGCCGUUUCGAGACAAUUUGUGUUCGGACAGUUCAAAACGCCAGUCGGAAUCCUUCGUUAUCGAGAUAUGAUAACUCUUCUUGCCAGCGCCCCUGAAGUUGAGGAUUAG